AUUCUUCAUCCAAAUUUGGGGUGGUUGGCCUUCCUGUAGAACAGCAAACAGUUACGAUAGUUCACAAUUGUUACAACAUGGAGUGUUCCGAUAAACAUGUGUAGUGGUCUGUUAAGAGAUUGAAUAGGUGUUUUUGGUGAAACUCGUUAAUUUAAAUUUAUACGAACUUUAUUACCAAAUUCAAGACGAAUCAUCUGUCUCCGAGAGAGUAUACCAUCCAGUGAGAAUAUUACGAAAAUUAAAUUUCAGUUAAUUUUUCGUUGUAUUGAAGGAACCUUGUGAUACGAAGGUAAAAGUCGAGGCCAUAAAACAUGCCGAAGGUUAAGACGAGACUAAUGAACAGUUCCUGGUUGAGACAGAGAGAAAUUGGUCAGCGGUACCCUUUAGGAUAUGCCGAUAGGUUUUCAAAACGGUUGUAUUCGUCUAUUCUCCCAUGUACAUCAUGGGAUCAUGGUGAAAAUUUGAGGCAUGCAAUGCAUGGUGGUGUCUUCAAUUUAGAAUUUUCACCGGAUGGAUCUCUUCUGGUUGCAGCAUGUGAGAAGAAAAGCAUAUUAAUGUUUGACCCUCUUUGUCGAAGAUUGAUUCAUGCAGUUGACAAUGCUCAUCGAGAUUGUGUGAAUUGUGUUAGGUUCUUGGAUUCUCGUGUGUUUGCAACAUGCAGUGAUGAUAGCACUGUAGCGCUGUGGGAUGCUCGUAAUUUGAAGUCUCAAAUACGUACUCUUCAUGGUCACUCCAACUGGGUAAAGAACAUAGAAUUCUCUCCACGAGAUGGUUUGCUGGUGACAUCUGGUUUCGAUGGCAGUAUAUACACAUGGGAUAUUAACAGCUAUACAGAAAGUGGCUUUGUGUACAAUCGUGUUUUUCAAACAAAUGGGUUGAUGCGAACAAGACUUAACCCAGAUGCUUCCAAGAUGAUCAUCUGCACCACAAGUGGAUACUUAAUCAUCAUCCACAAUCUGGACCUCACAACCAUGGCACAAGAUCUCGCUGGUUUCAAGCCUAACAUGUAUCGACUGAUGCAGUUGAGUCAGACGACUAUACCUGUAGCUGCAGACUUCACUCACUUGUUCUCUCACCAGCGUAAGACCAACAGAGUGGAGUUUGUGACGGACUUUCCUACAGGGGAUGACGCGGAAGUUGUCUCUUCCUUGCAGAUCCACCCUCAGGGUUGGUGUGCCCUCAGUCGCAAUAUCAGUAAUGAUGAGAACUCUGAGUGGACAUGUGUGCAUGACAUCCAGGACAGAGAGCCAUCAGAAUCAGAGAAUGAGUCUGGUUGUGACACUGAUCAUGAAGAAGAAGACUGCUCCCAGAGUGGUGAUGACAAAACACAGUCUAGUCGAACAUCCCGGCAAAAUGUUCCUGAAAGCGACAGUGACAGUGACACUGAGAAUUUCAGUCGUCAUCCACGCAUGCAUCGCUUGCAGACUGCCAUGACAGGGUUGACAUCCUCCCUUGUAAUUGGUCCUGACUCACGUGCUCGUAUUGUAAGGCCUAUGGUGGAAUUACGAAUGGAUUCAAUACCUGUAGUGCAUGCAUCUUCCAGUUCAUCUUCGUUUCCUGCAGCGGUAGUAGAGGGUGGAGGAGGUGCAGCCCGAACGUCUGGGGCAGGGAGGAACGAUGAUGGUAUCCCUCUAGACACAAGGCAUAGGGGAACAGUUGGUGACCUUGGGCGGCGAGGGCUGUCUCCAGCAAAUGUAGAACUUCAUGUGUCUUCAGCAGAUGUCUGGGAAGCUCUUGUUGCUAUAAGGGAAGCGCGUGUUCGUCGUGAAAGAGAGCGGGAACGUGCGGAACGUGAGCGUAGCAUAAACAUGAGAAUUAGAGGCAAUAUGGAACAGAGAGGAGCUGGACAGCCAUCAUCAGGCAUUGCUGGUGGUGUUGGAAGUAUGGAUGAGAGGCGACCAGGAGUAGUGAGGAUCGUAGUGCGACGGCGUGUGGAAAGUGCAAGUGGUUCUGUUGACAGUGGUAGUAAUGGUCCCAGUGGUUCUGCCUCUGAACAACAGGUAGAAGGAAGUGACCAAAGGCAGAGCCAGGACAUUAGACCAAAUGAGCAAGGUUUGGAAGCCGUAAGAGAAGCACCUAACAGCAGUUCUUCAGGAGGUUCGGCAGCAGGUAGUUCCCUGACAAAUGCACUUGCAGCUGUGAUAUCUGCCAGUAAUGCAAUGAUGGCUGCAGCCACGUCUGUUACUUCCACUACAACUGCAAACCAGGGAACCAAUACUAGCACAGAGAGAGAGUGGGGUGGUGAUGGGAAUGUUCUCCGUUCCCUUGCCUCUGGUGGACCAGCAUCUAGCAGAACUGUCCUGUAUAUUGACAAUAAUGCAGUCCAUUCUAACAGUACCCGUGGUGGCUACAGGGUGACCCCUAGAAUCAAUUAUGAAAUACCUCGUAAUCAGCACAUACAUCAGAACAUUAGAAGACUCACACAUUUCAUAGAAGAGCCCAACGUUGGAAAAGGUUUUAUUAAGGAACUUUGCUUCUCUGCUGAUGGGCGGUUGAUCUGUUCCCCUUUUGGUUAUGGUGUCCGAUUGCUAGCAUUUUCUCCAGACUGUGCAGAGCUGUCAACAUGUGUACCAUCAAAACCUCCAGUUCAGUUGUAUGAACUAACUACUAAUGUCUGUCAUACAGACAUUGUUGUCAGCACCAAAUUUUCUCCUCAGCAUUGUCUGCUAGUGUCAGGAUGUCUUAGUGGGAAAAUUGUUUGGCAUCAGCCUGUAGUGUAAGUAGCGAUAUUAAGAGUAAUUCUUUUGGCUUAUAGUAGCUGCCUAUGCAAAUUGCUUGUGAGAACCAGUAGCCAGCUCUGACUGGCAAUUGCUAUUGGAGUGUAGUGCAUGGGCACUGGAAUAAAAUGGUUGGAGGUACCAGUUUGCAGUAGCUUAAUGAGAUGAUCAGAAUUAUUGUUCCUUGCUGCAGUGUUUUUUCUCUAAGCAAUAAAUAUAUAUAGGAAUUUGAGAUAUAUUGAGAAGAAAUCAAGAACAAAUAUAAAAUAAGAAAUAAAAUUCUUAGAGGAAUUGGAGUCCAGAAUUUGUUAACAAGAGUUAGAAUGGUCUGGCUAUGUAGAAAGGAAUGGUUUUUUCAUUAUGCCUGCAUCUGCAGUGAAAAUAAACAGUUUUACUGUACCUGCUGAGUGCAUAAAUAAAAGUCUGCUAUAUUCUUUGUAAGUUUUGAAAGGAAAUUUCAUAUAGGAACUAUGAAAAGAUGGUAAUAUGCUUGCUGCUGCUGCUUCUUGCUGGUUGCUUCCUCGUCUUACUCUUUGACCCUGAAGUUGGAGGCAGUACAAUGGUG